AUUCAUCACCUUUUUCGAAUUCAGACACGUUAACAGAUAACAUUCAUGUAUAGUAGUUGAAAGUGAGAAUUCAGUAUUUGAGUUUUGAACCGGAAUUUUUCCAGUAUUUGCUAUAUUUUGUCCCUGGUUUUCCAUGUUUGCAGGGAAAACAGAGACAUUAAAAAAUUCAGCUUUAUCUUAUUCCAAUAUUAUUCUGCGCUACUGCAUAGUGUGAAGUUGGGUGGAGGUACGUAAGGUUAUUGUUAUGUUUUAUAUUAACUGUGCAAAACUGCUAAAGAUAAAUAGUUCAGGUUUCAUUGUCGUCGGUCAGCAGAUUUUCUAAGCGGAGCUCUGCUCUGGGUUCCUUGAAUGUUAGAUUCAAAUCCAAUUGAAAUGGAUGCUCACGUAUCUUCAGAACCGAGCAAGAAAAUGUAAAGAAAAGUAUAACUUAUUGUGAUAAUCGCAUACCUCAACGAGCUCCUAGUGAAUAGAGAUAGAUGAUACAGUGGAAAUAUGGUAGUUGAAAAGGGAAUACCAGAGACUUGUACUCCUGAUGAGAGUCCAGGAUGGAAGUUCUGGAAGAGAAGAAGAUACGUUGUAGCAUUCAUGGCGUUUUUAGGUUUCUUCAACGUUUAUGCUCUGAGGGCCAACCUGAGUAUAGCUAUAGUUGUAAUGACUGAAAACAAACCAGUUCUAAUAGGCAACGAUACAGUUUAUGUGAGAGAAUUCGACUGGGAUUCAAAACUACAAGGUUAUGUGCUAAGUUCAUUUUUCUACGGAUACAUCACCACCCAAUUGCUGGGUGGCUGGUUGGCCAUGAAAAUUGGGGGUCAGAGGCUGUUUGGAAUUGGUGUAGGAGCUACAGCUUUCAUGACCUUGAUCUCACCACUAGUUGCGAAUAUUUCUGUAUAUUUAUUCAUAGCGCUCAGGGUUCUGGAAGGGAUUUUUGAGGGUGUAACUUAUCCAUGUAUCCACGCUGUCUGGUCCCAAUGGGCGCCACCUCUAGAGAGGAGUAGAUUAGCUACUUUUGCCUUCACCGGUUCCUACUUUGGAACUGUAGUAUCAAUGCCAGUGUGUGCUCUACUUUCUGAAUGGCUUGGAUGGCCAAGUAUAUUUUACGUUUUUGGGGUUGUUGGGGUCAUUUGGUUUGUCAUGUGGAACGUCUUGCUUUACGAGAGACCGACUAGCGAUCCUAAAAUAUCUAAAGAAGAGUUGAAAUACAUAACGGAAUCUUUGGGGACUACUGAGAGGAAGACGGUGAGACACCCAUGGAAAAGUAUUUUGACUUCAGUACCUGUAUGGGCUAUAAUAGCCGCUAAUUUCAGUGAGAACUGGGGUUUUUAUACUUUUUUGACCCAACUACCGAAGUAUAUGAAAGAUAUUUUGGAGUUUGACAUUGCACACACUGGGUUCAUGGCAGCAUUGCCUUAUUUGGUUAUGUCAAUUAUGCUCCUUUUGUCUGGCCACAUCGCUGAUUGGUUUUUAGUGAAAAAAAUUCUGACAGUAACUCAAGUUAGGAAACUUUUCAAUUGUGGAGCGUUUAUUUCGCAAUCGAUUUUCCUCAUUGGAGCUUCCUUCGCCACCACAGCGACCAUGGGAAUGAUAUGUUUGAUAUUUGCAGCUGGCCUAGGAUCUUUUUCGUUGGCUGGAUUCAGUGUGAAUUAUUUGGAUAUUGCCCCACAACAUGCCAGUGUUCUUAUGGGAAUCGGUAAUACCAUUGGCUCAAUUCCAGGAAUAGUGAGUCCCAUAUUAUCAGGAUAUGUGGUCACAACCCCUACGAGAGGGGAAUGGCAAGUGGUCUUUUUCACAAGUGCGGGAAUAUAUUUAACAGGAUGUAUAAUCUACGGACUUUUUGCAACAGGAGAGUUGCAACCAUGGGCUGAGCAGGCUGGAACAAACCUUGAAACCAAAACGGAAAAGAGUAAAAAUGGAAUCGACAACAAGGCCUUUCAGUCCAAUUGAUAAUGUGAUAGUUUUACGAUAAAAUAACUGGCUGUAGCUCAAAAAUAAAGUUAUAUUUACACACUAAA